AUGUUAUUAUGCAAACCUAAUAAUACUCAACAAAAUACACGCCUAUGGUUUUCUAGACUUGAAGAAUUUGCAAAAGACAUACAAACAAAGAUCUUGAAUUUAGAUACAUUACAUGUCAGAAUGAUAGAAUUGGAAGAAAUCAAUAAUGCUGAUUAUAAUGGAGCCAAUAUUACUGAUGAGGAAACGGUACGAAUUUUUGAGCAUACUGACAUGUCAAAUAGAACACCAGAUGGAUUAUUAAGAAAAGUCUUUUAUGGAUAG